AAUGUCUAAAUACAACCACGUUUUUGGAUCACGAAAACACAGGAAUAAUUUUGUUUUUAUAUUAUAAUUAUGGGUGUUAUACAAAGAAUAAAGAAACCUACAACACGUAAAGGAAAGAAGGUUCUUCUUUCUAAGGAGCCAAAGGCUAUUGAAGGGGCAAAGCAGUGUUUAUUUCUACAAGCUCGCAAUCCUUCUGAGCGUGCGAGAAAAGUAUUGAAAGACAUUUACGAUCUUAAAAAACCAGACGCCGCCUAUCUCAGUCGGAAAAAUGACUUCGUACCUUUCGAAGACGCAUCUCUAAUAGAAAAGUUAUGUUAUAAAAAGGAGGCAUCAUUAUUUGGCGUCAGUUCUCAUAGCAAGAAGAGACCACACAAUAUAGUACUGGGGAGAACAUUCAAUUACAAUAUACUUGACAUGAUAGAGCUCGGGGCGGAGAACUUUAAAGCCAUGCAAGAUUUUCACAACAUGAAGGUGUUGACGGGCAUUAAGCCGUGUCUUCUGUUCAACGGCCCAGCGUGGGAUUUGAAUCAAGAAUUAAAGCGGUUGAAAAAUCUCUUCACAGACUUUUUUCAUAGGGAAAAGGUGGAAACUAUAAGGCUGCAAGGAUUGGAGCAUGUAAUAAGUUUUACAGCCACAGAUGAGGGUCUAAUAUAUCUGCGUUCUUAUAGAAUUUUACUCAAGAAGAGUGGUCAGAGGACUCCUAGAAUUGAAUUGGAGGAGAUUGGACCAUCUAUAGACUUCAAACUACGAAGAACAAAGCUUGCUUCGGAUGAUCUAUACAAAGAAGCCUGCAGAGUUCCCAAGGAAAUUAAGGCAGUGGCUAAGAAGAACAUUUCUAAGGAUGCAUUUGGUACCAAGUUUGGUCGCAUUCACAUGGGCAAACAGAAUAUCAACAGACUACAAACAAGAAAGAUGAAGGGGUUGAGAAAAACACCAGAGGAAAAGAAGAAGUUCUUACAAAAGAAAAAAUUGGCAAAAAAACAACAGCGUACACAAACUGCUUAAGUGUCAAUAAACAAACUUCUCAAAAUAA